GCGCUUGUCCCAACUGGCCGGUCGUCGCAACCGACGUGGAAGGAGGAAGGGUUUGAAGAGGCUUUGACAAGGAUUUUUGGCGAGCAAAGUCAUGGGGGAUGAAUACAGUAGGGGGGCACAUGGGUAUGGGAUGGGCAGGGGGGCCUACGGAGGCGGGAGUGGAGUGGAGCAGAACAUGCAACACAGGUUUGAUCCGAAUUUGUAUUCGCACCUGCCUCCUCACCAGCAGCCGUUGCCUGACGAUGUGGCGUGGGCACCGCCUCCAUCAACCCUGGAUCUGGUGUGGGGGUUGACUCAGACGUCUUACGACACACCUGCACAAGUGCACAAUCGGGGUGGGGGUAUGGGGCCCAUGUCCGCACUUUUGUCCGACGAGCGGGGGGGGGGCCGUCUUCCUCUCGAUUUGCAUCCAUCUCCAACCACCACCAUGGAUGUGUCUAGAACGGUCCUCAUCCAGCGAAGUGGAGAAAGCGCCGGUAGCAACACACAGACGAUGGAAGGCACCGCCUUCGACGAGGGGAUUUCGCAGCAUCAGGCGAACCGAGUGUCGUUCGAUGUGGCGAGCCAGGGCGGACCCCGUGCAAGUGUUUUGCACCACCCCCCUUCGCCAGCCGCGAGUAUGCAGGAAGGGAGGGCUGAUGUUACCAGUGUUGCGGAAUCCCCUCGAUGUGUGGAAUGUAUUGUGUGUCGCUUCAAUAGCUUGAGGGCAAAUAGUGAUGGUGAGGGAGCACGACCGGAUAGUGUUGCAAGCGACACAGACUUCGUUGACGUUGAUGAUAACGACGGUGAGGAUGACGAAGAAGAGGUGGUUGUCGUGAAGGAGGCGACUGCUGGCGGGAAGACAAAGCAAGCAUCCAACGGUCGUGGGAAGGCAAAGGCGAAGGACAAGGAAGGUGACAAAAAUGGCGAACGUGGCUGGAAUGGUGGGUGGGCGAACUGGAAUUUGAACGAGUCCCUCGUUCUUGUCCAGUGCAAGAAAGACCAAGAUGACCACUUUGCUAAUGUGGGCCACAACUAUGCGUAAAUGAAAACCAGGGACCAGAAAUGGAUGCAUAUCGCAAAGCAGCUGGACAAG